AUGGAAAACGAACUAUUGUGUGAAUUUCUUAAUAUAGCUGAUAGUUAUUUUAUUGGUAAAGAUGUCGAUACGACGAAAAUUAACGAAGAAACAAACAUCAAAGGAAAUUGUCGUAAUGGUAGUUGUAAAACAAAUUGGAAUAGUAUUAAUGCUUUGACCGUAUAUAUACUUAUUCUAUUCAGAAAAUCAAUAGAUAAAGAUAAGUAUAAUGAUUAUGAUGAAUGUUUCUUGUUGUGGCUAAGUGAUAAAUUAUUUAAGAUACACAACGAAAGCAAAGACAAAAACCAAAAUAUUACUUUAAAUGAGGCUUAUGACAAAUAUUUAAAGAAACAUAAAGUAAUAAUGGAUCAUUGGCCUCUUUUGGAUAAUAUAAAGGGUUUGAAAAAUGCUAAACUUAAAGAUAUGAGCGAAUUUUAUAAAUUACUUAAUAAAAUAUGUAUAACAAUUUCAGAUUAUAAUGAUAAUGGCGCUGAAAGUAAUAACAUUACUAAGAACUCUAAAGAAUGUUCUAAUCAAUAUAUGAUGCUUCACAAUCGUUUUUCUGGAUGCAAGUCAUAUCUUGAUUUAUUGAAUAAAUUAAAAUAUAUAUAUGAUAAAUUUAGAAAUCCUGCUAUGAAAGAAAUUAAAAAAAAAAAUCUAUUAAGUACUCUUCAACCACUUAAAACAAAAGAUGGAAUAGAGAUUCGAUCGUCGAGAGUUUUUAAACCCUAUGACUUUAAUAAUCCACAAUGUCAAUCAAAAAAAAAAAAAUCUCCAAGGCCCCCCAAAACGGACCCAUCAGUAUUACUAUUUUUUUCAAAAGAAGAACCACCGCCACAACCUUUAAACCAACUAAAAGAUAGUCAACACAAAACACCACCAUCUUCACAAAACAGUAAUGCAUUACCAAAAACUAAAACAGAAAAAUCAAGUUCAUCAAGUGUACAAGACGCUUCUAAAAUUAAUCCAAAGACUUCAGACAAUAGUGAAGGAAAUACAAGGGAAGGAAGUGGUGAUACAGGAAGUUCAAAUAGUGGAUCCGGAAACGUUGAUGGUAGAUUAAAUGAUCAAGUAGGUUCCGGUGUUAAAAAUAUGAAUGAUGGAGUUAAAGAACCCGAAGCUCCAAGUGAUGGGAAAGGCAGUCAAGUAAGUAAAGCUGAUGGAACAAAUGGUGAAUCGGUUGGUACAGAUAUUGGAAAAGGAGGACCAGAAGAUGGACCAGGAGUUGGAUCAGGAGGUUUGGAUAAUGGGCAAUGCAUCAAAGAUAGUAAACCAGGGAGUUCAAAUAGUGAAAUCAGAAAUACUGGUGGUAAAUCAAGUGAUAAGGAUUCAGCGGGUAACACAGAAGAUAAAAAGAAUCUCCAAACUGAUCAAAGUAUUACACAAGGUAAUUCAGUGAAGCAGCACAAAGGUUUAAGUAUAUCAGGCGGUUCAAUAGAUGGAGUAGAUGGUUCAACAAAACAUAAAGAAUCCACAAAUAAUUCAAUGGAAAAACAUCAACGACAUGACUCUCUAGAAUCAAAUCCGAAAGAAAAACCACAAGAUAGCCAGAAAGAAACACGACAACUACAAGAACCAGAACAACAACAGCCACAGCCUUCAGAACAACCAAAAGAUAACCAACAUGAAACAUCACAGCCAUCUGUAUCACAAACAGGGUUAACAAAUGAACAAAGAACCUCAGAUAUACCACCAAAAGGUCCAUCGAGUGAACAAAAAGAUCCAGAUGAUGACACAGAAAAUCGAAAGAGUCCCCAAAGUGAUUCAAAGGACCAUGGCCAAACUCCAGUUAUCAAUAAAAGAGAUUCCAAUGAUGGGCCGGGUGGUGGAACAAGAGGCACAAGUAGUGUAUCAGGUGGUCAAAUAUCUAAUGGUAGCCAAAGAGGUGCAAAUACCAGUCAACAAGGUAAAAGCGGUGGAUCAGGUCAUGGUACAGGUAAUCAAGGAAGUUCAAGCCAUCAAGGAGGAGAUACAGGUGGCGAUAAAGGAAGUCAAGAUGGGUCAGACCGAAAAGAGGGUAAACCACCCACAUCUAAUGAUCCAUCACCCACUCAAAAAGAUUUAAAUCAACAAAAUUCAUCAGAUACAUCACAAACUCCAAAAGAUCCACAAAUUUCACAAACUCAAGAACAGAGAACGUCUCAUGACACGUCUGGAAACCAAAAUUCUGAUCGAACCGAUCAAGAAGAACCUCAAAAACCAGUGAUAACUCCAGUGAUUAAGAAAGAAAAUAUAAGAACCGAAUUAAAAGGAAAUGGAAUAACAGGAAUAGAUGAUGGAAAUGUAUUAAAAAAAUACAAAAAAAAUGUAAUUUCAAUUAUAGUUAUUCUAAUACCCAUUACUUUAACUAUUCUGUACAAGUAUUUGUCAUCUGGAUGGAGAAAAGAAUUGACGAGAAAAAAAAACAUGAAAAAGGUUAUAAAUUCAAUUGGAGGAAAAAAACAAAUACAAAUAAUUAUAAAAUCAUCUAAUCAAAAAAAGAAUACUAAAAAAUCUAUAAAUUCCAUUUAUAAGGAAAAAUUUCCAUCAUUAAAUAUAUACAAACUUAUGCAGGCUGAUCCUAUACCAUUUAUUAAUUUAUUUUUUUUGUUAAUUUUUUUUGUCUAUAAAAGAAAAGAAAAUUUUUUGGAAUUAUAA